CACCGUACAAUAUGUGACAGUUACUGCAGAACAAGUGGUACUUUAAAAACAAGUGAAAGUUACUGUAGUACACUACUAGUACUGCUUGAUAAGCUGGCAACUAUCUAAUUUUGAAAUUUCGCAAUCAUUAAUGGUGUGUCGUGCACGCGCCCAAUUCUUGUCCGAGAUAAAAACGGGUCGAGAUUAAUUUAAUGAACGAUUAGGCACAAAUUACGAAAUCAUAAGAAUUAUAACCCAUUGAGAAAUGUCGUCAGGAAUUCAAUCAUUGUUAAGAACCGAAAAGGAAGCUGCUGAAAUUGUCAAUGAGGCUAGAAAGUAUAGAACCAAUCGUUUAAAAUCUGCCAAGGCUGAUGCCCAAGCUGAAAUCGAUGAGUAUAAGAAACAUAAGGAAACUGAAUUACAAAAUUAUGAAAAGGAACAUGCUGGAUUAAAUGAAUCUAUAGAUAAAGAAGCUGAUGCUCAAGUUGAAAAGGAAUUGGCUGAUAUUAAAGCUAAAUAUGCCGAUAAGAAGGAAAAUGUAGUUAAAUUAUUGGUUGAUGCUACUAUUAAGCCAACACCUGAAUUACAUAUUAAUGCUGCUUAAUUAUAAAUAUUAAUCCGUUGAAUAAUCAAUAAUUAAUACAUUCAAUUCUAAUUCUCAUUAGUAAAUAUUGUUUAUGUUACAGUACAGUUACAUUUACAAUAUUUCUAUAUUCAUUCAUAAUAUAUGUACAACUUUUUUU